AUGUAUUUAUUUUUUUUUGUUAUUGAAUUUUGGGAAAAUUUUUAAUUAUAAAUAUUGCGAUAUUAGUGAAAAUUAUAUCUAAAUUAUGAAUUAAUUUUGUUAAAACCACUUAAAAUAUACAAAGAAUUAAUACAUGAUGGCUAAAAAAAAUGCAGAUCCAGUUACUCAAAGAAUUUUUUGUUUUUUUUUGCGAUGAAAGUAUAGAAUAUUGUAACUAUAUAUUAUUAGAUUGUCUACAUGUUUUGUGUGAAACGUGCUUAAAAAAUAACAUUAACGAUGAAUCAUAUGAAAGAUUCAAAUACAACUCAUAAUGUUAGUAAUAUAUCUCACUCUUUGCUUGAACAUUUAUGUCCUACUCACAACUCUGAGAACUUGAAUUUUUAUUGUAACUAUUGUGAAAUAGAAAUAUGUUCACUUUGUCAAUUGUAGGAGCACAAAACACAUUCAUACAGUGGUUUAAAUGAAGUCGAGGAAAGAAUCAAAUCUGAAUUAUUAGACAGGAAAAAUGAAUUGACAUAAGGCUAUAAUAAAUAUACAAAGUAUAUAUAUAUAGGGUGUUUAAAAAAAUAUGACUAAUAUAACAAGAGACUUGAAUGUAAUUGAAGAACAAAAAAAAAAUUAUAGAUUUAAAAAAAAAGAAAUAGUUUGUAAUAUUAAUAAGACUAUAUCAGUUUAACAUUUACUGUUAUGGUGAAAAAAUUUUCAAAAGGAGCUCCUGAAAAAUUCUUAAAAGUGAUUAUUCAAGAAAUUAAUUGACAAAGUAACCUAUUAAAAAAUAUGGUAGAGAAACUAUAUAAAAGUAAUAUUAACCAAUAAAAUUAAAUAAAAAACAAACUAUUAAAGAAACAAAAUGGUAUGAACUAUUAUGUUGAUUUUAUAGAUAUUGUUAUUAAUAAUAAGAAUAAUAAAGACAUAAUUAAACAACAACAGAAAAUUAAAAACCGGUUAGAUCACAUUUCUGUAAGUAUAUCUAAACAUUUGGAAGAUCCUGUUCAGUUUAACAUGUUUUCAUAUGCAUUAAAAAAAAAACUCAAACAAAAUUUAGUAAAAGCUUUAAAAUCAAUAAAAGAUUAUACACAUUUUGAAAUUGAUAAUAUUAAUACAAAAUUGCCUAAAGAAAAACAAAAAAAAAAAUUAUCAAUUACACCAUUAAAACUUCCAAAAGAAAUAUCUAUUUCACUUUAUCAAAAACAAAAAUUAAAUACUACUACAUAUUCAAAAAAAGUGGUCAAUGACAUGCAGACAUUUCAAGCUUUGGUAUCAGAAACACCUCAGGUUACAAAUAUAAAACACAGUGGUAUAUAUGAAACAAAAAAAAAUAUUUCAAGAUGCAGUAUUUCCAUACCAUUUUCUAAAAUUAAGUUGAAAAAAUUGACUGUUGUAAAAAAGUUGCUGUUUUGAAUCUACCUCU